AUGCGGUGCGAUCCGAUGGUUGACGUGUCCCCCGAAAGCGGCUCUGCGGCACCGCCGCCGCCGUCGCCAGCGGCGGAAAAUCCGCUGAAGUCGACGAACGGCGCGAAGGGCAAGGUGGCGACGACGCAGGCGGCGGUCGACGUGCGAGACAUCUACGACGGCUCGUGGGUGUCGGACCGCGCCAACCGCCCCGCCUACGACAUGUCCUCGUGCCCCUUCCUCAAGGACGUGGCUCCCACGACCAACUGUCUCGACCCGAAGAGGAAACUCAACCCGAACUGGAUGUACUACUCAUGGAAGCCGCGCAACUGUGGGGGGAGCACAAUACGAUUCUCGCCAGCCAAGUUUCUGAUGCGAAUGCGCAACAAGGUGAUCGCGAUGGUGGGCGACUCGCUCAUGUACGAGGGCUUUUUGCCGUCGAUGCUGUGUCAGAUCCACCGCGUGUCGGCGGUGAGCAAGGUGUCGGACGACGCGCUGAGCAAGUUCGUGUGGCGCGUCGCGGCGUACAACAACGUCACCAUCGUCAACUACUGGAGCCCCUUCCUCAUGGCCUACUCCACGCAGAACGAAGUGCUUGCGCGCAUUAAAGUCACCAACCCCGGGCUGGGCGACACGGCCGUGAACCUGCACACGUUCGACCCCACGUGGUUCGACAAGGUCGGGCGGUUCGGGCUGGUGCUGUUCCAGUCGGCGACGCACUGGCCGCACGCCAAGACGAUGGCGCUGCGGCGGCUGGCGCGCACGUUCGACGCGAAGAGCGUGAAGCGGUGGCGGCUGCCGCCCAUGUACUUCCUCUCCGCGCCGCCGCGCCUCGCGGGUUGCCAGGGCGCCAAGGCCGCCAGCCCUCCGGAUAUGGUGUCCUUCUUUGAGCGCAACAACUCGCAGAGCCGCGUGUGGUACCCCACGCAGGCGAACGUGUUUCAGGGCAGCCGCACCAUCCGCCUGGUGGACAUCACCCCCCCUCGCUCGCCCGCUCCGAUGCCAUGA